GGGAAGACGACGGAGAGAAGGGAGACGUGGUGAAAUAAGAACCCUAUCAGGUGUGGAUCAUUAAAUCACUGGGCGUCCCAUUAACCCUUAUCCUAUCUCAAGGUACACUUAAUAACAGCAGCUAAAACAGCGGGAUAGCGUGUGAUCGCCGCUGCCUGCGGUCCGUCUGUCGAGGGAAGCAAAACAGCGGCAGAAGAAGCCAAAAGGAGGGGUCGCGACUUGCGAUGACGGAAGGGUGCAUUCGAGCAGCGGUCGACGCUAUCCAUUCCACCCCCACUAAGGCCGUCGUCUACCUCUCCGGCGGCGCUUCCCAGGCUCUCGGAUGGCUGAUGUCCCUCCCGGGGGCGUCCAACACGAUUCUUGAAGUCGUCGUCCCCUACUCCAAGAAUUCCAUGACCCAAUUGCUCGGCAAGAUUCCUGCACAAUUUGUUAGCAACCAAACUGCAGAGGAAAUGGCACUGUUGGCAUACAAUCGUGCAUUGAAGCUUUCAAGACCAGGUUUACCAGUUUUGGGUGUUGGAUUUACGGGGUCCUUGGCUACUACAUAUACAAAACAUGGAGACCACAGAUUUUACUUGUCUACCCGAACAUGUGAUCGUCUUUGGACAUCAAGUGUUACUUUGUUGAAGGGUUUGCGAACUCGAGAAGAAGAAGACAGGGUUUCCAGUCAUUUCUUAUUAAAGGCAAUUUCAGAUGCCUGCAAAGUUUCUGCCACUUUUAGUUCAGAAUUGUAUGAAUCUGAAGUACCCGAUGAAUAUGAAAGGCAAGUUGAUGAGGAUGAGGAGCUACAACAAAUUAUUGAUGGGAAGCUUUGCAUGAAGAUUUAUGAUUUUUCUGGCGAUAAGGACACAGCUUCAGAGAGGAUGGUGAUAUUGCCAGGUUCAUUUAAUCCAUUGCAUGAUGGACAUCUGAGACUCUCGGAAAUUGCAUCAAGCAUCUGUGAGAACGGAUUUCCAUGCUUCGAGAUAUCAGUGAUCAAUCCUGACAAACCACCAUUGUCUUUGGCUGAAAUUAAAAGUCGAGUAGAACAAUUUAGAAAGGCAGGGAAAACUGUCAUUAUCUCAAACCAGCCAUACUUCUAUAAGAAAGCAGAAAUUUUCCCUGGAAGUGCCUUUGUGAUUGGGGCAGACACUGCUGUGAGGCUUAUUAAUCCGAAAUAUUAUGGUGGAAGUUAUAGCCAAAUGCUGGAGAUUCUUCUUGGCUGCAAAAGAACAGGUUGCACAUUUCUAGUUGGUGGCCGCUUGGUCGAUGGAGUUUUCAAGGUUCUUGAAGAUGUUGAUAUUCCUCAAGAGUUGAAUGACAUGUUCAUCUCCAUACCACUGGAAAAGUUUCGCAUGGAUAUUUCAUCAACCGAGAUAAGGAAGAGCAAGAACAUGUGAGCCGCAUAUGAUAACGUGAUAUGUAUUAAAAGGUACAUAAUUGAUGAAUUCGAGACUCUCCAUACUUGGAUGAAACAAGAAUAACAUUUAGAACCAUAUCAACAUUAUGACUUUUGAGUUCUUGAAAGUCAAGUAGAUAAUUGAUCUUUUGCAUGUUAA